AGUCAAUAAUACACAGCCCAACUUUGUAGUCAUUUUGUCAAUAUUCUUACAAUUUACGCCCAAUUUUUAGUAAAAAAAAUAGUCUACCUCAAUUAGAUGAAGUAAAUGUACAUAUUCUGAAUUACCUAACAAAUAUGGAAGAAAGUGGUGGACGUUUCAACUAUGUGUACAGCUCUGAGCUGGAUGCAGAGUUAGAAAUAAAAAUAGGAAGCUUAGAAGGAAAAAGAAAUAGACCAAGUUACCAAAGUAUCAUAGAACAAGAUUCAGUGGGUUACUUUUCUGGUUCCUAUCAAGAGGAGUGCUCAGAUCUGUUUGUUACAGUUCAAGUUUUUAAUAAUGGAUUGCCGAUCACAUUGCCUGUGCAAACUUCUCAUAAAUCUUUUACAACUCGUUGGAAUUGGAAUGAAUGGUUGAGUCUGCCCAUUAAGUUCAGUGACCUACCUCGUCAAGCUGUGUUAGCCUUUACCAUAUGGGACUAUUAUGGUACUGAAGGAAUGAUCCCCAUAGGAGCUACAACUGUUUCUAUAUUUGGAAAGCGUGGAACUCUAAGGAAAGGUAUGCAUGAUUUAAGAGUGUGGCCUGACCGCAAGCCUGACCCAAACAUUAAAUCUGAAACUCCAGGGAAGUCGCAAGAUGCUGGUGACAGAAUGAGCCAGUUGUCCAAGCUGGCCAAAAAACAUAGAGAUGGUCACAUGACAAAAAUAGACUGGCUGGAUAGGCUGACAUUCCGUGAAAUUGAACUGGUGAAUGAGCAAGAGAAGAGAGAUUCAGAAUGCAUGUACCUCAUGAUUGAAUUUCCUCGCAUUCAUUACGACAAUAUACCACACAAUGUUGUUUAUUUUGAAAAGGAAGGUGAUCGAGCAUAUGAAUUCAGAACUAGUGCAGAUAUUGUGACAAUACAUGAUCCUGAACUACUUUUGGAGAACAUUGUAGAAAGUAAACAUCACAAACUAGCUCGCAGUCUUCGAUCAGGUCCUAGUGAUAAGGACCUAAAACCAGAUGCAAGCACUAGAGACAUGCUCAAUAAAAUUGUUGGCUAUCCUCCUACUAAAACCCUUUCUUCAGAAGAGCAGGAUUUGGUGUGGAAGUUCAGAUAUUAUCUGUCAUCACAGAAGGAGGCCCUGGCCAAGUUUUUGAAAAGUGUCAACUGGAAGUUGCCCCAAGAGUCAACAGCUGCCUUGGAAAUGCUUCUUCUGUGGAGUCCCAUGAAUGUAGAAGAUGCGCUAGAGCUCUUAAGUCCAGCAUUCACACAUGUUAAAGUUAGGAAAUAUGCAAUAAUGAGAUUGAGACAGGCCAAUGACGAGGAUCUUCUCUUGUAUUUGCUGCAACUUGUUCAAGCUCUGAAGUAUGAGAACUUUGAUGAAAUAAGGAACAAAAGUGAAAAGGAUUACGUUCCACCUCGGCCAGAGUAUGAUCCUGGUCGUAGAGAUUCUGAUGUGGCAUUGCAACCGCCAGCUGAACCUGUUAUAGGCCUGGACCAGCACCCAUUGUCACAGACUUUAACUACUUCCUCAAUAUCAAGUAUAGAAGAUGAAUCCAAGCUAAGAUCAGACACAGCAACAACAGAAGAGGAGAUCCUUGAUGCCAUGAACACAGGACUAAGCUCUACAAAAAAUGACAUGUCACUAUCAGCACUUGAUGAUGAGAUGGAUCUGGCUACAUUUUUAAUAUCUAGGGCAUGUAAAAACCCAGUGAUUGCCAACUACCUUUACUGGUAUUUGGAAGUUGAAUGUGAAGAUAUUCAAAGUGAGGAAGUGUUAAAUAUGUACAGAACUGUUCACAAAAGAUUUAGUCUGGCCCUAAGCAAGGGUCCCCCUGAGAGUAAAAGACAGAGGUCAAAUCUAAUCAGGCAGAAUGUUUUAAUGAAAAAACUUUGUGUUCUAGUUGAAUCUUUAAAAAGCAUUGGCAGCCAAAAGAAAAAGAUUGAACAUUUGCAAGCUUUGCUCCACAAGCCUGAAAUAGCUGAUUUAGUUAGCAACAAUGGUCCUAUACCACUGCCAUUAGACCCCUCUGUUCUUAUCAAAUCAAUAGUUGCUGAAAAAGCCACAGUCUUUGCUAGCAAGCUGAGCCCAUGUCUGUUAACAUUUGAAACAGUAAGUGGAAAAGAAUAUAAAGCAAUCUUUAAGUAUGGUGAUGACCUAAGACAAGACCAGUUGAUUCUCCAGAUGUUUCAACUCAUGGACAAGCUUCUUCGCCAUGAGCACUUGGAUUUACAAAUGACACCAUACAAAGUUCUGGCAACAAGCAAAGAGCAUGGGCUUGUUCAGUAUGUGGAGUCAAUAGCCUUGUCAGAAGUGUCCAAAGAGAAAGCUAUACAGAAGUUUUUAAGACAGCACAACCCAUCAGAUACUGGCCCAUUCGGCAUAGUUCCAGAAGUCAUGGACAACUACGUUAAAAGUUGUGCUGGCUACUGUGUUGUAACAUAUCUUCUUCAAGUUGGUGAUCGCCAUCUUGACAAUCUUCUGUUGACAAAAUCAGGUAAAAUGUUCCACAUAGACUUUGGAUUUAUCCUGGGUCGUGACCCUAAAAUUAUGGCUCCUCCAAUGAAGCUUAACAGACAGAUGGUGGAGGCUAUGGGUGGCUAUGACUCUGAACAUUUCCAGAGGUUUAAAGUAUUUACGUAUACUGCUUUCCUAGCCCUGCGCAGAUCAGCCAAUCUUUUCUUGAACUUGUUUUCUUUGAUGGUAGAUACUAGCAUUCCUGAUAUAGCCCUGGAACCUGAUAAAACUGUUAGAAAGGUCCAGGAGAAGUUUAUGCUUCAUUUAAAUGAUGAGCAAGCUGUACAACACAUUCAGAGCUUGAUUGAUGACAGUGUCAAUGCCUUCAUGCCAACACUGAUGGAGUAUGGGCAUAAGAUGGCUCAGGCGCUUCGUAAGUAACAUGGAGUCAACCACUACAAUCAACUUCAAGCAUACAAAGCUUAUGGUCGCUAUUUAACCAUGCCUUUAUUAGUUAAAAAUGUAUGAUCACUUUUUCAAACACUUCUGUUUUAUUCAUAUUAUGUUUUCUUUCCCAUAAGGCUAUUAGUUUACUUAAUUAUCAUCAAAUCCCAAAGCUAACUAGUUUCAUGUAACUACAAGUGUUCAUAAGAGUUGUGUAGAUCCUUCAUUUCAUGGUUAUACUUUACC